AUGGGAGAGCGCAGCUCAAGCCUGUUGGCCAAGUUGACCCUCAGAACAAAGCGUCAGUCUACCGCUUCUUCGUCGACAUCGACUCGCUCUGCUUCCAGCCCCAUCGCCUCGCCAGAUUCGGAAACGCCGCCCACCACGUCGUUUUCGGGAGAGGCUGACUAUGGUUUGGGAUACUCGAGCAUCAACCACGAACGCUCGUCGACCUACAAUGCCAAGCGCACUAGCAGAGCCCUCUUGACACGGCCCAUCGAGUUCGACCGAUAUGCAGAGUCGAGCUCACCUCAGCAACAGGAGAAAGCCAAGCGCACGCGCAGUCUGCCUCGUUCCAACAAGCUCGGCAUCGGGCAUGCCGAAGAGGAUUCGCUCUUUGUCCAAAUCGUAGACGAAGCCGUGCCGACGUCGCCCAUUCAGUCCACCGUUCGAGCACGUUCCCAGUCCGGCACAUCGCCUCUACACGAUGCCAACUUUGAUUUCGCUCGACCGCAGUCUCCAUUUACCAUCAACAGCAUCGUUACGCGAUCCAGCAGCAGCAGCAACAGCCCACUCAGACGGCCCUCUCCUCGCCGCUGUCAUUCGGCCAUCGAUACUCCCUCCUCCUCAUCCAGCCCAUCUUUCUACGCCGUCGCUAGAGGCUGGAGGAAAGGUGUCUACACCACGAAGGAAGACGCCGAUUGUCAGGUUCGCAACUUUCCUGGCCCUUUGAUGCAGGCCUUCCGUGACCGAGCGGCCGCUGAGGACUUUCUGCAAAACUCUGGACGUUCCACACCCCGGUCUCCAUCUCAAGACGACAACGAGGACGAGUUCAUCGAAAGGUUAAGGAUCUUCAAAGGCCUCAAUCCUAACAGCGAACUCGCGAGGCGCAGAUCACUCAUCAUUUCCACCGAGCGCAACGAGUCGCAGCGCAGAUCGCGUAUCUUGAGAGCCUCCCAGUCGCCAGCCUUUCAGCAAGAUGCUUUUGAUGCUGCAGGCGCAACGAGUUCGCCGCCGCUCUCGCUCAAAAGCGUCUUUGCAGAUAUAGCGCCCAUCUCCCCCAUCGAGGAGGCCCAUGGCUCCAACGACUUUCCCGCUUCUGCACCGCUGUCGAGCAUGACUUUGCUUCCAGUCCAUCGUCUGGCCGACUCGAUGGCAUUCUACGCUAAGGUCUUAGACUUCACUUGCAUCGCGCACGUGCCCGACGUGCAAGCGGUCAUGAGCACGCCAGCUGCAACUGUGUGUCUUCGCACGCUCGCACAAGCGCUUCCGACGCCCAACGGAGCAAAGGUCCUGCGCAAAAGCACUGCUUCGGAGCCGCUCGCGCUCGGACGUCCCACUCUACCGACCAUGUCCGAAGAGCCACAUGACGACAACGACCCUACUCUGCCGCCCACUCCUGAUUCGCUGAGCUUGUCUCACCCGGAUCCAGAACCGAUCCAACUGCCUCCGACCAGCCUGCCGCUCCGUUCAAUCACACCCGCCACUCUGUCUGGCAUCACCGUCCUGGUCGAACACGGUGGCGCACUCGAUGCUCUGCAUUCUCGCCUCUCGGCCAAGCUUAACGAAUGGAGAAUUGAGCGCAAUAGAGCUGCGCAGAACUGCUUUGACGGCGCAAGGCUCCUUGGUGGAGUUCAGCAGACGCCUUGGGAUGCUCAGGAGCUGCAGCUCUGCGAUCUCGACGGCCACCGCAUUGUUUACACUACUCCUUUGCUCUGA